AUGUCUCGGGGCUUGCAGUCAUCGCGUCUCAGCAAAGGCAGCUAUUCGCUGCAUCUGCUGCUGCUGCUGCUGCUCGGAGGACAACCCGUUCGUUGUUUUUGCAGCAGCGCCGCAGCGCAAAGUAUUUCUUUUCUUUCAACAGCCCCUUCAGGAAGAGCAGCAACUGCUGUAGCAGCUGUUGCUGCCAUUUCUUCCCCUUUGUGGGGAGUAGCGCCCAUCCUGGGCAGCAGCGACCAUAGCAGCAACAGCAGCAACAGCAGCAGCAGCAGCACCAGGCCGGCUGGCAGCAUCAGGCCUCACUGGGGGCCUGCAAAGAGAAUGUCUGCGCGGUUCCAAGCCUUUUUCACUUCUCGGUGGCUGCGGCCGCUGCGCCAAACUGCUGCUGCCCUUACUGCUGCUGCUGGCAGCAAGAGGACCAGUUUCUCCCUCUCAGCUGCAGGCUGCACCUCAGCAGAGGAGAGCGGCCGCGCAGCAGCAGCAGCAGCUGCCACUGCAGCAGCUGCCACUGCAGCAGCAGCAGCAGGAGGGGUUGACUGCACGGCCGUGCCGUCAGGCAGUCCUGGGGAGGAGGGCUUUGCCGUUCAUUUCAAAAAGAAAAAUAAUUCUUUUUGCUCUCCCUUACAUGACAUUCCUCUCCUAGUGGGUGUUGGGGACCCCAGAAGUGCUGUAUCUUCUGCUGCUGCAGUUGCUGCAGCAGCAGCAGCAGCGGAAGCGGCGGAGGCCGCAGCAGCGGGACCCGCAGCAGCAGCAGCAGCUGCUGCUGCUGCACCCCUCGUGAGAUUCGUCUCCGAGAUCCCCUGCGGAGACAGCAGCAAAUAUGAAAUUGUCUUGAGAGAGUCCUGGAAUCCAAUAAGACAAGACAGACACAAAGAUGUUGUUUCCUUUUUGUCUGCUGCUGCUUUGCUGCUGCUGUGUUGUCCUUCUCUUCCGAUCUCUUUGUCUGCUGCUGCUGCUGCGCCUUUUCAAGCACGGCAACGCAACAGCAGCAACACAGCAGCAACAAGACAGCAGCAACUCCGCAGCAGCAGCAACUCCGCAACAGCAGCAGCAGCAACACAGCAGCAACGCCGCAGCAGCAACGCAGCAACAGCAGCGCAGCAGCAGCAGCAACAGCAGCAGCAGCAGCAAAUCCGAGGAAACUUGUGCUGUGCUGCUCUCAGGCUCCCUCCGCAGCCUCCGCUGGCCAGUGCUGGGCUCUUACGGGGCGCUGCCGCGGACGUGGGAGGGCCCCUGGGGGUGAUAGGGGCUUUGGCCCUGAUUGACAGCGGUUGCAUGGACUAUAAGAUCUUGGUUGUUUCCUCUCUUUCUCCUCUUUUUGGGGCCCUCAACUCCCCCCAAGACCUCGAACUGCUGCGCCCUGGCUUUCUUGACUCUUUGAAGUUUUGGUUCAGCAACUACAAACUCAACACCCCGGGAGGCCCCUCAAAGCCCAACACUUUUGACUACGGGGGAGCCCCCCUGGGGUCCCCCCAGGCCUGGCGCAUCAUCGAGCAUGCCCACCAAAGCUACUUGAGACUUCUCGCCAACCCUGAGAUAGACCCCACCAUCUGGCUCCCACCCCAGCAGCAACCCUAG